UCCCUUCUCUCUCCUCCUCCUCCAGCAGCCACCAGGGACCGGGAGAUCUACCAGCUCAAGACCCCUACAGCCAGGUCUGUGCUGCCGCCCUCCAGCAUCUUUGCAGCAGGGGACGAGGCUGUGUGGGAGGCUGUCGGUUCGGAACAUGUCUCCACCCACCCCACCCUCUGUGGCUCCAGGCUUCAUUCUCCCCCAUCCAUGGAUAACCCAGGGCCUUCGCUCCGUGGUGCCUUUGGCAUUCUAGGUGCCUUGGAAAGGGACAGGCUGACCCACCUGAAACACAAGCUGGGGAGUCUGUGUUCAGGCAGCCAGGAGUCAAAGCUUCUCCAUGCCAUGGUACUCCUGGCUCUGGGCCAGGACACGGAGGCCAGGGUCUCUCUGGAGUCCUUGAAGAUGAACACAGUAGCCCAGCUGGUAGCCCACCAGUGGGCAGACAUGGAGACCACAGAGGGCCCUGAGGAGCCUCCAGACUUGUCCUGGACGGUGGCUCGCCUGUACCACCUGCUGGCUGAGGAGAACCUGUGUCCGGCCUCCACAAGGGACAUGGCUUACCAGGUGGCCCUUCGUGACUUUGCCUCCCAGGGUGACCACCAGCUGGGCCAACUCCAGAAUGAGGCCUGGGAUCGGUGCAGUUCAGAUAUCAAGGGGGACCCCAGUGGUUUCCAGCCACUCCAUUCUCAUCAGGGUUCCCUGCAGCCACCUUCAGCAUCCCCUGCAGUGACCAGAAGCCAGCCUCGUCCCAUUGACACACCAGACUGGAGUUGGGGACAUACGUUACACUCCACCAACAGCACUGCCUCACUGGCCAGCCACCUAGAGAUCAGCCAGUCACCCACUCUUGCCUUUCUCUCUUCACACCAUGGAACCCAUGGGCCCAGCAAGCUAUGUAACACACCGCUGGACACUCAGGAGCCUCAGCUUGUCCCUGAAGGCUGCCAAGAACCUGAGGAGAUAAGCUGGCCUCCAUCAGUGGAGACCAGUGUCUCCUUAGGGUUACCACACGAAAUUAGCGUUCCAGAGGUGUCUCCAGAGGAGGCUUCGCCCAUCCUCCCUGACGCCCUGGCUGCUCCAGACACAAGUGUCCACUGUCCCAUUGAAUGCACAGAGUUGUCUACAAACUCCAGGUCUCCCCUGACGUCCACCACAGAAAGUGUUGGAAAGCAGUGGCCUAUUACAAGUCAGAGGUCACCUCAGGUUCCUGUAGGAGAUGAUUCUCUGCAGAACACCACGUCAUCCAGCCCUCCUGCCCAGCCACCAUCCCUCCAAGCCUCCCCUAAGCUGCCUCCUUCCCCUCUGUCCUCUGCUUCCUCCCCGAGCAGCUACCCUGCUCCUCCAACCUCCACAUCCCCUGUUUUGGACCACUCAGAAACAUCUGAUCAGAAAUUCUAUAACUUUGUGGUUAUCCAUGCCAGGGCUGAUGAACAGGUGGCCCUACGUAUUCGGGAGAAGCUGGAGACCCUCGGGGUACCUGACGGGGCCACCUUCUGUGAGGAAUUUCAGGUGCCCGGGCGUGGUGAGCUGCACUGUCUCCAAGAUGCCAUCGAUCACUCGGGGUUCACGAUCCUGCUCCUGACUGCUAGCUUUGAUUGCAGCCUGAGCCUGCAUCAAAUCAACCAUGCUCUCAUGAACAGCCUUACACAGUCUGGGAGGCAGGACUGUGUGAUCCCCCUCCUCCCACUUGAGUGUUCUCAGGCCCAGCUCAGCCCAGAUACAACCAGACUGCUCCACAGCAUUGUGUGGCUGGAUGAACACUCCCCAAUCUUCGCCAGAAAGGUGGCAAACACCUUCAAGACACAGAAGCUCCAGGCACAGCGGGUACGCUGGAAGAAAGCGCAGGAGGCCAGAACCCUCAAGGAGCAGAGCAUACAGCUGGAGGCAGAGCGGCAAAACGUGGCAGCCAUAUCUGCUGCCUACACAGCCUAUGUCCAUAGCUAUAGGGCCUGGCAAGCAGAGAUGAACAAACUUGGGGUGGCUUUUGGGAAGAACUUGUCACUGGGGACUCCAACACCCAGCUGGCCCGGAUGUCCACAGCCAAUACCUUCUCAUCCUCAGGGUGGUACUCCAGUUUUCCCCUAUUCCCCACAGCCUCCAUCCUUCCCUCAGCCUCCAUGCUUCCCUCAGCCUCCAUCCUUCCCUCAGCCUCCAUCCUUCCCACUGCCUCCAGUCUCUUCCCCACAGUCCCAAUCCUUUCCAUCAGCCUCCUCCCCAGCCCCACAGACUCCAGGACCUCAGCCUCUCAUUAUUCACCAUGCCCAGAUGGUUCAGCUGGGUGUCAACAAUCACAUGUGGGGCCACACAGGGGCCCAGUCAUCUGAUGACAAGACUGAGUGUUCGGAGAACCCCUGUAUGGGCCCUCUGACUGAUCAGGGCGAACCCCUUCUUGAGACUCCAGAGUGACCAGGUUGGACCCCACCUAGAUGGCUAGAGUGACAAGAUUGGACUUCACCUGGGUCCUUAAAAUGAUAGUGGAGGAAGGGAACCUCGCCUGGGUCCCCAGAGUAGCCAGAGGACUUAGCUUGGGCUCCCACAGUGGCUAUUAGUUGGACCCAGCUUGAGACCCCAGAGGCAGGGAAGACCACACCUAUAAAUCAGGCCUGGGAAACAUGCAGAAACCCCAUUUGAACAGACUGUGGGACUCCAAUCUGAAUCCUCUAUGUGGACAGAGGAUGAUGGGGCCAGAGGCACCUCUGAGGUGCCCUCAGCGCAGCCUCGUAAACUUCAUUCACUGUGACACAUGCUGUUCAUAGGGUCUCUCUGGGGAGGAUGCGGUCCCGGGGCACAUAGGGAGGGUCCUGUUUUUAUAAUAAAGUUAUUGACAACUGAGUCAUAA